AGACAGGGGGAGAAAAGCGAGUGAUUUUUUGUAAAGGCUUUUCCUGCAUUUCGCCCGUGUGUGUUUUCCGUGCUUUUUACCCGUUUUCCCCGAUUUCCGUGUGCUCCUCUUCCCCCAGCCGGAAAAAUGGACGCGGACAGGGGCGGUGGGCAGGAGACGAAGGUGAUAUACCACAUCGACGACGAGACGACGCCGUAUCUGGUGAAGAUCCCCAUUCCCUCUGCCCAGGUGACGCUGCGCGACUUUAAGCUGGUGCUGAACAAGCAAAACAACAACUACAAGUACUUCUUCAAGUCGAUGGACGCGGACUUCGGCGUGGUCAAGGAGGAGAUCGCGGACGACGCGACCAUCCUGCCCUGCUUCAACGGGCGAGUGGUCUCCUGGCUGGUUUCUGCCGACGGCACCAACCAGUCGGACAACUGCUCCGAGCUGCCCACCAGUGAGUGCGAACUGGGCCUGGGCCUGACCACCAGGAAGAUCCAGCAGCAGCAACAGCAGCAGGUGCAGCAGCAACAACAGCAGGUGCAGCCGGUCCAGCUGGCGCAGCAACAGCAGCAGCAGCAGGUGCUGCAUCACCAGAAGAUGAUGGGCAAUCCGCUGCUGCAACCGCCACCGCUCACAUAUCAAUCGGCCUCCGUGCUCUCCAGCGAUCUGGACUCGACCAGCCUUUUCGGCACCGAAUCCGAGCUGACCCUCGACCGCGACAUGACCGACUACAGCAGCGUCCAGCGGCUGCAGGUGCGCAAGAAGCCGCAGCGGCGCAAAAAGCGAGCGCCCAGCAUGUCGCGCACCUCCUCGUACAGUUCGAUAACCGACUCGACCAUGUCGCUGAACAUCAUCACCGUCUCGAUCAACAUGGAGGCCGUCAACUUCCUGGGCAUCUCCAUCGUCGGCCAGUCGAAUCGCGGCGGCGACGGCGGCAUCUACGUGGGCAGCAUCAUGAAGGGCGGCGCCGUGGCUCUGGACGGGCGUAUCGAGCCCGGCGACAUGAUCCUCCAGGUGAACGACGUCAACUUCGAGAACAUGACCAACGACGAGGCGGUACGGGUGCUCAGGGAGGUGGUCCAGAAGCCGGGACCCAUCAAGCUGGUGGUGGCCAAGUGCUGGGACCCCAACCCGAAGGGCUACUUCACCAUUCCGCGCACGGAGCCGGUGCGGCCCAUCGAUCCCGGCGCCUGGGUGGCGCACACCCAGGCCCUCACAUCGCACGACAGUAUUAUCGCCGACAUUGCGGAGCCGAUCAAGGAGCGGCUGGACCAGAACAACCUCGAGGAGAUCGUCAAGGCAAUGACGAAGCCGGACAGCGGCCUGGAGAUCCGGGACCGCAUGUGGCUGAAGAUCACGAUCCCGAACGCGUUCAUCGGCGCCGACGCUGUGAACUGGGUGCUCGAAAACGUGGAGGACGUGCAGGACAGGCGGGAGGCGCGACGGAUUGUCUCGGCCAUGCUGCGCAGCAACUACAUCAAGCACACGGUCAACAAGCUGACCUUCUCGGAGCAGUGCUACUACGUGGUGAACGAGGAGCGCAAUCCCAAUCUGCUGGGCCGCGGCCAGGGCCACCUGCAUCCGCACCAGCUGCCGCACGGGCACGGCGGCCAUGCGCUGAGCCACGCGGACACCGAGAGCAUCACCAGCGACAUCGGGCCGCUCCCGAACCCGCCCAUCUACAUGCCAUACUCGGCCACGUACAAUCCAAGUCACGGCUACCAGCCGAUCCAGUACGGCAUCGCCGAGCGACACAUCUCGUCGGGGUCGAGUAGCAGCGACGUGCUCACCAGCAAGGACAUCUCGGCGUCGCAGAGCGACAUCACCUCGGUGAUCCACCAGGCCAACCAGCUGACCAUCGCCGCCCAUGGCUCCAAUAAGUCAUCCGGCUCCUCCAAUCGCGGAGGAGGCGGAGGCGGAGGCGGCGGCGGCAACAAUACCAACGAUCAGGACGUAUCCGUAUUUAAUUACGUAUUGUAGAAACCUUUCUUUUUGCAAUCAAAUUGUGUUUUAAUUAAUUAAAUUAAAUAUGUACGAUUAUUCUUUUUUAUAUACGAGUAUACAAAGCAAGCAAACAGCAAACAACAAUAUAAUAAUUAUAAUAAUAACACUUAUGUAUAUGUAUGGUACGUGUAAGUCAUAGAAAACGAGAACGAACGCUAAACAGCCACCCAGCCACAAAGAAUAGGAUCGGCGGGAUCGAGCAGAGGAGGAGCAAGGAACACCACAGGGAUAUCCGUGUCCGGCAUCAAUCGGUUGUGGAGACGAUCAGAUCAGAUCAACUGAGAUAUAUGAUAUGUGAGCAGGAGCGGAUGGAGCAGCGAAAACGGCAGCACGACGGACGAGGAUGAUUUUGAAUAAAGUUCUAAGAAUUUAGUAAUCACAAAGUAAAUAAAUACAAAUAAAAUGAAUAA